AUGCCGCGCCCAUCCGCGGUGAUCGACUGCGCCGUGCUGGCGCACGCGGGCCACGCCGUGCCCGCCGCUAUGCGCGAGAGUGUGUGCGCGGGGGCCUUCAUGGACGCGCUGGGCCCGUCCGCCUCCGCCGCCGACCUGGGAAGCAGCGACAGAGAAUCCAGCCUGGUGAGUCCUUGCGGAGUUAGACUGCUGCGCCCUGCUCGCGCGAUCAUGGGCGAGCGUGGGCGAUCAUGGGCGAGCGUGGGCGAUCAUGGGCGAGCGUGGGGGAUCAUGGGCGAGUGUGGGCGAUCAUGGGCGAGCGUGGGCGAUCAUGGGCGAGCGUGGGCGAGCGUGGGCGAGCGUGGGGGAUCAUGGGCGAGCGUGGGGGAAUCAUGGGCGAGUGUGGGCGAUCAUGGGCGAGCGUGGGCGAUCAUGGGCGAGCGUGGGGGCUCGCUGCUGGAGGAUGCCAAUGGGGCUCAGUGUGGGCAUUCCUUCGGCGGAAGCAACACUCGCAAGAGUCAUGGACUCGCUGUGAGGUCCGUGGCAUCAUGUUUCGGCAAGGGUGUGCUGCACUGCACCACACAGGGGCUAGGAGGGGUGGGCCAUGUCACCACUCACAUUGUCCCAUUCUCCCUCCUCACCUCCAUGUCACCUGCUUGCGUGCAGCUCUGUGAGCCUGAGGACUCGGGGCUUCUCGGGUCUCCUGAUGCUGAAGGUGGUGGCCGCCUGAAAGGCGUGCAGUUUCCAUUCUCCGUCAACGAAAAGGUUCUGAUAAAGGACUCGGGGGAAAGCGUCCGUCUGCAGUACCGUUCUCUUCAGAAGUGUGAUGGAACGCCAGUGGAAGCCAAGUAUGAGGCGCACCAUGCGAGCACAGCAGAGGCACAGGCAGAGGAAGCAGGGGCGGGCGGAGAUGGCAAGAGCUGGUGGGGCGACGAGGGGGAGAAACGCCUGAUGGGUGAACAGCCAAUGAUGGGCGACAUGUCAGUCUCUCAGCCAAUCAUAGGCGAGAUCAGCCAUCUGGCAAUGCUGAGCUCACCGCCUAUGGAAGGUCGUGCAGCCAUGCUGACCUCACCACCGCCGCCCAACAGCCAUGCAGCAAUGAUGAGCCCGCCGCCGCCCAUGGGCGGGCGGCUGUCCAGUGUGGCGGAGUCGAGCUGUUUUGGGGCGGCUCAGAAGCAGCAGCAGGCUGGUCAACUGGCAAUGCCAGUGCAGGGCUUGCAAGAGGAGGGGGGCUUCUGGGGGUGCAGAGGCAGGGGGGUGUGGGAGUGA